GGUAGCGGCAGAGUAGAGGAGGACAUCCCGUCAAUGAUAAACACUCCCAUGGAUGCGGCCAACUUCGGACUACCUGAAAGACUCGAAACUAAAAUGUUUUUACUUAUUUAGCGUUUGUUUUUCUGCUCCUUAUGCACGAAGCAGCCGGCUAAGGGAGGAGAUGCGGUGAUAUCAUGAGCAAAACCGGCCAGCGAGAAAGAAAGGAAAGACAGAGAAGAAGAAGAGAGAGGGAGGGGGAGAGGGAGCAGGGGAAGAGGAGAGGCGGGGAGUCGGCUACCACCAGGCCAGCUGAGGAUGCUUGUUGUUUCUAGAAGCGGGAUUAAUCACCGGGUUGAGCGCUGAUCCUUCUCCCGGCGCAGCGAGCGCACCUCUCCACGCUGCAGCUGUCCCGAGCCAGCACGCCUUUCGGCCGUCUGGCCCGGUCUGCCCCCGAGGCUGUUUGCCUUUUUGAUGCUCUUCCCCCUCUUCCUCUAUUUCCUGAUGCAGGGCCGGGGAGGGGGCGAGCCAAAGUGUGCACCGGAUAUUGGAAAACCCAUUCUUCUUGCUGAUGCUGUUUGUGAUAAUAGAUUGUUAUCUGGACAACGCCGCAUCUACACAGAAAGGCAGAUUGUGACCAAAUGAGGCCCGACUUGACAGGAAGAGGGGAAUGUAUGGGCUCGGGAGGAUUAUGAAAACAUUUUUUUUGGACGGCAACAGAAGAACGGGGGUCCCUGAUAUCGAUCAGGGCAUUCUGGCUUCGGAUAUUUGAGACUGCUCUUACAGAAAUCAAUCUGUGGCAAAUGUAGCCUUCCUGUCCAGGUCUGAGUGAGAUUUUUCGUUACUGCUGUACUCUUGGCCAGCUGCAUAAGCUAUAUAGGAUCAAUCAGCUUUAAACUACAGUUAUUUAUAGCAGGGGGGUGGGUUUAAUGUGACUGUUCGCACCUCUAUGGACAUCUCCCAUCUCUGGUACCGGCUAAACCUCACACGUCCUCAUCUCUGAUCUUUUCCUACCUUUCCCUUGAAUGAUGCCGCUUCCUGUGCUUUGGUAACACUGACUUGAAAGACUCUGGAUUUACAGAGUGGAAACAGGACCGGUUCUCACUCCUGACCGCAUGACAAACAAUUGCAUGGGAGUAGCCUGCAAGGCCCGGCUUUAGAUCACGACCAGUCCGCACCUCCUCUCUUCUCCUUUCCUCCUCUCUGCACCGCCGUAUAGCCGCCUGUAAUGUGCGUUACGGCAUUACGCACGGAGCAGGAGCGAGCGCUAUCUUGAUUUGCCUUAUAUCUGGAAUAGAAUUUCAUCUCGGGAAGGAUGAGCAGCAAAGAGCUGACGGUGGGCCAGUCCAGUCAGUUUGUGGGGCCUUACCGGCUGGAGAAGACCCUCGGGAAGGGACAGACAGGACUUGUGAAGUUGGGUGUCCACUGUAUAACAGGGCAGAAGGUGGCCAUAAAGAUCGUCAACAGAGAGAAGCUCUCCGAAUCGGUCCUAAUGAAGGUGGAGAGAGAAAUAGCUAUUCUUAAACUAAUAGAGCACCCUCAUGUUCUGAAGCUGCAUGAUGUCUAUGAAAAUAACAAAUACCUGUACCUUGUGUUGGAGCAUGUAUCUGGCGGAGAGUUAUUUGAUUACCUGGUGAAGAAGGGUAGGCUCACCCCCAAAGAGGCCAGGAAGUUCUUCAGACAAAUCAUCUCUGCCCUCGACUUCUGCCAUAGUCACUCCAUAUGUCACAGAGACCUUAAGCCAGAGAAUCUUCUCCUGGAUGAGAAGAACAACAUCAGGAUAGCAGACUUUGGCAUGGCCUCGCUACAAGUUGGGGAUAGUCUGCUGGAAACCAGCUGUGGAUCUCCCCACUAUGCUUGCCCAGAGGUCAUAAGGGGUGAGAAGUACGAUGGUCGUAGGGCGGAUGUUUGGAGUUGUGGAGUCAUUCUGUUUGCUCUCCUCGUGGGUGCCUUGCCUUUUGAUCAUGACAACCUGCGGCAGCUUCUAGAGAAAGUGAAAAGUGGAGUAUUCCACAUGCCACACUUUAUACCUCCUGACUGCCAAGCUUUGCUCAAAGGAAUGAUAGAAGUCAACUCUGACAAGAGACUAACGCUUGAAGCAAUACAGAAACACCCCUGGUACCUGGGAGGUCGGAACGAACCCUGUCCAGAGCAGCCUCCCCCUCGCCGAGUGUGUAUGAAGAGGAUCCUGUCCUUAACUGAGCUUGACCCUGAUGUCCUGGAAAGCAUGUACUCCCUAGGGUGCUUCAGAGAUCGGGUUAAACUCACACAGGACCUUACAAGUGAGGAGGAGAACCAGGAAAAGAUGAUCUACUACCUCCUGUUGGACAGGAAAGAGCGAUACCCCAGCUGUGAGGACGAGGAUCUGCCACCAAGAAAUGACAUAGACCCACCCAGGAAGCGUGUUGACUCCCCCAUGCUGAAUCGUUAUGGCCGCAGUCGUCCGGAGAGGAAGAGUUUAGAGGUCCUCAGUGUCACAGAACAGGUUUCUCCCACCCCGCCUCGCAGGGCCCUGGACACUAAUGCAUACAGCCAGAGGUCUCGUUCAGUCAGUGGGGCCUCCACAGGUCUGUCCUCCAGUCCUCUUAGCAGUCCCAGGAGUCCGGUCUUCACUUUCAGCCAAUCAGAAGUCACCUCCACCUCUGCUUCCUCCUCCAAAGACCCCAAACCAGGAAGUGCCACCACCCCUCGACCUACCCGCCCGGCGCCUGACCCAAAAACCCAGACCUUGCCCUCAAAAGGCCCCGCAGAACGGCCCCAGCUUCACACCAUGAAGUCCCUCCCACUCCAGACACCACGCUCCCCUUCCCCUUCGCCCUCCCCUAUACUCUCCCCCAUUCCACGCUUCUUCAACUUCCCGUCACCAUCUGUCUUCAAGUCCAAGAACGUCCACUCGUCCUCUAACUCCUCUGCCACCCCUCCCCCUGUGUCGCAGGUCACACCGCAAGGCUCGCCACUGCCCACCCCGCUGGGCACGCCUGUGCACCAACUCCAACACCCUUCCUCCACCACCCCUCCCUCCUCUUCCUCCUCGUCUUCUUCCUCCAGAGCGGAUGGAGCCGGAGGGGCCUCGCUGUCGCUGACCCCGCCCUCCAGCCCGGGGGGCAGUGGUGGGAUGGCCGCCUCGGGCUCUGCUCACUGGAGAUCCAGGCUCAACUCAUUCAAGAACAACCUUCUGGGCUCUCCGCGCUUCCACAGGCGCAAACUACAAGUUCCUACAUCAGAGGAUAUGUCCAGCUUAACUCCAGAAUCCAGCCCAGAGCUGGUGAAGCGGUCCUGGUUUGGUAACUUCAUCACGCUGGAGAAAGAGGAGCAGAUCUUUGUCUUGAUCAGAGACAAGCCGCUCAGCUCUAUCAAGGCUGACAUCGUCCAAGCUUUUCUCUCCAUCCCAUCCCUCUGCCACAGUGUGGUGUCUCAGAAUAGUUUCCGGGCAGAAUACAAGUCCUCUGGUGGUCCUUCUGUCUUCCAGAAACCUGUCAAAUUCCAAGUGGACAUCGCUUUCUCUGAGGGAGAGAGGGAGCGAGAGAGGGAACGAGCAGAGAGAGAAGGGAGACGAGAGCUGGGCAUUUACAGCGUGACCUUCACUUUAAUAUCAGGUCCGAGCCGCAGAUUCAAAAGGGUAGUGGAAACCAUUCAAGCUCAGUUACUGAGUACUCAUGAUCAGCCUUCUGUGCAGGCAUUGGUUGAUGAGAAGAACGGUCAGCUUUCCCGCCAGCCCAGCACUCCUACACGUCAGAACUCCAGGAGAUCUGAAAGCGGAUCGGAGCGGGGAGAGGGGGAGCAUGCGGCAGAUGGGGGGAGCAGUAGCGGAAGCAGCAGCGGAGCCGUCUUACAAAGACGAGGGUCGGGGAAAGACAAGGCCAGACUCUCGCCGUCCAACGGGACACAGGCUCACCCUUGAAAAGAAUGUUGUGGAAGAGAAGUGAGGGCCCUAUGCCGGGCUCUUUUCUCUUCCUCUCUUUAGUCCUUUCCACAUUCUUUUCUUUCCUAUUUCCUUACUUCCUGCCUUGCUUCAUACUUUUAGUCCUAAGCAAUGGGAUGGAAAAAGGGAGAAGAUUUUCCUUGAAGCUGAUCUAGGGAUUUAAUGAAGAUUUCCCCCUGAAAUGGCUCGUUUUCUCAGAAAUGUAUAUUUUUGGAGACUACUGGAGCUGAUCUCUAAUUAGCCCUAAAGGAUAGCUUCACCCUGGUGGGACAAGCCUAAAAACAAAUGAUGUCCAAAAAGCUCCACUUUACUAUGAAAAUACAAGAAAUUUAGUUCACCUGUUCCUAUGGAUCGAAAAAAAAGCACAUGAAGUUCCCACUGACCAAUCACAUGCAACACAUUGUUCAAACUCAACAAUCAAGUUCCCACCCGUCAGUCAGAGUGGCUCGUGAAGAUGUUGGUCAGUGACGGAGCGCAUCAAGGCAUUCUCAUUCCUCAUUUCCUGGUUGUCUCAUGAAUCAGCAAGUCUUUUCAGCAUCACCUGACAUGACAGGAAACCAUCUCUGCUCUCGUCUCAUCAGUUUCUAAUUGAAGGCUGCGUUAAGGGAAUGAAAGUAAUAAGAGCUAUAGGGAGAGUCCUGUUUUAGACUCAGUUGUGAAAAUGGAUUUAAUUCUUAAAUUAUUAGCCAACUUAAUGCUGUGCUGACAAUGGAUCUGAUGUAGCUAUGUAACAUAACCCUACAGCAAAGUGAAUAUCUUAAUCAACAAACACAACCUGCUUGAGUGUAUGAUAAGUCCCACAAUCAUUUCUGAAUUACACUUAUUUAAAGCUAUGAUACCAUAUUGCCUUUAAUGAAGGAGAAGAAAAAGUGGAUAUCCAGUUAGAUUUAGCCCCAUUUUAAGGACACUAGGACACACCACAGGCAAAAUCUCACAAGUAAAAGUGGAUGCUAGGGGAGAAAAAGGUGGAUACAUAAACACAGGAUGUCGAGCAGUAUCCAUUCAGUAGUAGAAAAGAAGAACAAGUUGUGAAAAGCCUCCAAAGCAAUCUUGGAGAAAUAUUUUGUUAAAAGAGGUUUGUCUCAUAUAACAUUCACAUGCCAUAUACACAUGGUUUUAUUGUUCACCGUAGUUCUGUUCUAAAUACUGGCUGUGAAGUCUUAAACUUGCGCCCUAAUCGGAACCCCAUUUUAACCCUACGCUGCAACCUUCUGGUUGUUUCUGGUUACUGCGUAAGUUAGGAUGUAGAUUUCCUGCAGAAGUCUAAAUCAAGCUUUACCUUCCAUAAGUGGAUCUCCAACAAAGAAGUGACAAAAUCUUUGUUCCCUGGCAAAGUGCACGCUAGUGUUCAGACAAAGCUAGUGUGAAGCUUUAGCGUUAAAAAUAACCAGUCUCCUUUUCCACAAACAGCAGUUGCACAUGUAGGCCUUGCAAGUAUGUAGACCUGUCAAAUGCUGAUUGUCUUAUCUAAACUUCUCAGCAUUUCUCUAUUUUUACUUUUAUAUCUUUUCUCUAACACAAGUCUGUGUUAGUCCAACCAGCAACCAGCAUCAGAAUACGGUCACAUUGGAAACCCACAAAUAUUCACCUGAUAGCUUGAUGCAAGUUACAGUGGCAUAGUUUCAGAACUUAUUAGGUCCUAAGAGCUUGUUUACGUUUCUCCAUAUCCUCUCCAUUUUUGUUAAUCAUGUCUUUAUAAAGGCCAAGUUGAAUCAAACAGCUCCAGCUACCCAAAAAUGCUGUGAGUAAAUUUGUCCUAAAUUUCUGAUUGUUGGUAGCAUGUCUUAAUGAUGACUUGGUGAUGAGUGAGAACCUACACAGAUCGUCAUUAAAGUUUUGGUGAAAAUGCCAGCCUUUAAACUUUGAAACAGACUAUCAGCAAAUCGUUUAACUUAGCUUAACUUGUUCAAACACAAAUUUGUGUUGCAAGCCACAAAUUUAGUUUACCUGUUUGCAUAGACUUUAUAUGUAAUUAUGUUGUGCAAAAAUUACAUCACCUAAAGUCUGAUCACCUAUGCAGUCAUCACGGAACCAGUGUUAGCUUGAUAAGUUAGCAAGUACAGCUGAUAAAAUCUGUUUUUUAUAAUCGGACGUGUUGUUACAUCCUUCAGUGUAUGAAAGUGAAGGCUUCUUCCACCAAUGGCUUGUGAUGUGCACAUUAGUAAUUGCAGAAAGGUAUCAGGGCAUCAAAAUAUGUGCAAAUGUGACCAUGCUAACUUGGACUGAGUAAGUCCAGUGAUCUGUUACUAUAUUGUUUCCUACAGAAAAAGCCAUCCAACUAAAACAUUAACCUCCUAAGACCCGAACUCUUCCACGGCAUGCAUUUUUAAUUUCUCUUUGAUAUUUGGGCAUAUUGGGGCCCGAUGAAUGUAAAAACAAAGAAUUACCAGAUUUUUUUUUUUUACCUUAUUUUUGUUUUUAAGAAAAAUAAGAGCCACAUAUGAGGAUAUUUGUUUAAAAUUUUGAUAGAACAGUAGCAGUAUAAUGUCCUCGUAAGUGGAUAUCAGGCCCAUGUAGGGCAAAAUUUAGUAUUUUGGUCUAAAUAACCCAAAAUGUGAUGUCCACAUAUGUGGACGGCAGGUCCUAGGAGGUUAAAGAUAUCUGAUUUGAAACCAGGAGGUGACAAAUCCUGACAGGGGUCACAUGAGGAAGGGUAUUUGUCAUCAGAUGUGGAUUUAUUCCCUGUGACAACCACUUGGAGCAGAAGCGUUUAGUUGUCUAGCUAGCUAUAGCUAGUUAGCUAGAAACUAAACGUUUCAGAAUCUUAGCUACUACAAAUAUUUGAAACAAACAGGAAAUCAAACAGUUAAGGGGAAAAACAAAGGUCCAUUAUUACUUUAUUCAGCACAUCUGCAAUUCAAGACAGCAUUUUUUGGACUUUAAAUAACCAAAAACAAUCUCCACAGAAAAUAUGUAUGUGUGUGCGUGGGUUUGGGUGUGUGUGUUUUAAUUCAUUCAUUCAUUUUUUUAAGUUUAGUUCAUGUCCCAAAUAUGGACGGACUCCUGUGCUAAAUUAACACCCUAGAUAUGACAUAACUGCAAACAUUGCUGAAGCUCCCAAAGAGUUGAUUCUGUUCAUCUGGACAUAGCGUUUUCAGUGGGAGAAACGUUUCGUCACUCAUCCAAGUGACUUCUGUGUCAGCAAACUGCAGGUUUCCCCAACCUUAUUAACAGUACAUUUGCACAAUGACUGAAACUAACACCACAGAAUGAGCAAUGAGCUAUGAGGUCAAUUCUUUCUCAAAGACAAUUGAUCAAUGGCCAUGAGUAACAUGAGACUGAACAAGUCACUUGGAUGAGUGACGAAACGUUUCUCCCACUGAAUACGCUACGUCCAGAUAAACAGAAUCAACUUUUUGGGAUUUCCUUGGAUGAUUGAGCAUCCAUCAAGACUUUACUGAAGCGCUAUGCUACAAUCUGUAAUGUAACCUGAUGUAUAUCUCCCUGGAAAAGUGAUUACAAAUCACCAUCUGACCAUCCCGCUGGCAUAAAGUCUGGAAAUGGCUACUUACGUAGCCUCUACAGAGAUCCCGCACACAAUAGGAGUUUAGGCUUGACAUGUCUUUUACUGCAACCAGCCACCAGAUGGCAGUCAAGUAAUUUGGUUUAGAAAAAUGAGUAGUAUAUCUACUGUUUUUUAAUUUUUUUAUUUAUGAAGUUCCGAAUUCUGCAAGCUGCAAAUAACUCAGCUAUCUUAUCCAUUUCGCAUGAACAGUGCUGUUUUCAGACAGUGAUGACACGAUGGAAAAACAUUAUCAACCCUUAUUCAGAUUUUAGCAUUCAUGCAGUAUUCUUGGAUGGCUGUACACACUGCUAGCUUUAUAGUUUAGCUACCUUUUCUGUGUUACCUAAAUAGAUUGAAACAGAAUCAUUGAAAUUAGCAGAUAUGUAAUUUCCUUUUUGUAGUUCUUUUUAAUAAGUGGUUUUUAAAAUUCCUGAUAUUUCUUUCUUAAAAGUUACACACAAGCCAGCACAUGCCUGUCAGGACAAAUAUGAUAAUUUCAUUUUGAUAAAUUUAGAAUACAAUGAGCUACAGCUCAAUAUUUGCUAAACCUUUAUAUGCAGGGUAGGGCGCUGAUUGUACUGAGCAGUAGAUAUAUGUGCAUGUGAAUAUUGUACUGAGAAAAAUUCAAACCUCUCCUUCAAUAGAAAAGACAAUUAAGAAUCGACUUGCAGGGAACUUCUAUGCUCAUUUCCAGACCAACAUAUUUCUACUUUGGAACACUAGAGCAUCACUGCAUGAUUUACAGUUUUUAAAAAAUAAUUUCUUUAAUCUUUUAAAAAUCCUACCUGUAACCCUUCAGUCAUUUUAGACCCUCCCUACAAGCCCACUUUCUUCCAAUUUUCUUGUUUCUGGAAACCUGCAGAGGGGCAGGACCCAGAUCUUGUAAACUGUACUGACUGAAUUAUGACUGUAGCAGGUGAAGAAAAGAAACUCAUUCUGGUUGAUGUCAGCUUGUACUGCGAGUUGACUGAAAUCCUUUGGCUCACUGGCAUUACUUUUACAUAUGUUCAUUGCAUUAAUAUGUUUAAUAUGAACAUUCAGCAUCAUAACACUAGACAUACAAAUCAUAAUAGGUCCUCUUAAAGGUAAAUGUGGAAGUCUUUUUAAACAGGACACCCGGGUGUUUGUUUUUUUGCCCAACAGCUGGGCAACAGAAACCCAUCCUCAGCUGCAUUUCCUUUGAUAACAAUGCAAAACUGGCAGGUUACAAAUAUCUGCUUUGUGUCUGUAGUCAUAAAGACUCUGUACACAAACUGCCUGGGAAGGAAAAUGAAGCCACAUCUAAGGAAUGAAAUAUGCUUUUUUUGUUUUCUACUUUAUUUCAUUUUUAUACUCUGAUCCAGCUUUUGCGUAUGGGUAUGGGUUUUUGGUUUGUUUUUUUUUGUUGUUUUUUUUUUAAGUUUUAGAGUCUAACACCAAGAUAGCACCAACCAUGUGAAUGUCACGAAACAUUUUUGAAACUAUUUAAGAGGGCAGAAAUAUUUUGUUUUGUCUAUUUAUUGAAAAAUGUAUGUAUGUAUUUAUUUAUUUAUUAAUGUAUUUAUGUAUUUGUGUAUGUAUUUAUUUGCAUUCCUGGAUUAUUUUCAAUAAUGGAUAUAGGUGGCUAUAAAGACAGGGAAAUGUCAGUUAGAUGUCUGGUACUGCAGACAAAAACUAAACAAUUAGUCCAAAGUUUCUUUGUUUAAAAUUCAAACAUUUUAAUGCUGCAAAACAGCCCUUUAAGCUUUAUGUUGUGAUUCUGCAACUAGAUUUAUUUUGUCAUUAUUUAUGCCAUUAGAGAUGUCCAUUUUAUAAUGCGAGACCAAGAUUUCACACACAUAAAAUACCUUCAGUGCUGAGUCAUUGCCUCUUUUAGGUGUUUGUUCAGUUCAAUUUUUUUUUUCUUAAUUGAGACCUCAAACGAAAAGACAGCAGGAUGAUAAUUUGCUGGAAUGUUAUGUAAUUACUUGUUGUAACAAAGAGGUCCAUGUUUCUGUGUGUCUCUAUGUACAACACACACGCUAAGGCCUUUCAAAUUAAAGGCCUUUUUCAGCCCAGUUAGGUAUGUGUCUUUGUGGAUAAAACGAGCAUUAUUAUCUUAAUUAUUGAAUUGAUUUGAGUGGAAAAAUUCCAGUUUGUCCACUAAAUUGGCUUAGUAAUUUGACACCAAAUUCGUGUAUUCUAGGUGGUUUUCUGCACUUUGUGUUUAGAACUAACUGGUAAAUGUUAGCAUGCUAUUAGGCCUAUCUAAAAAAAUGAACUUGGUGAGCAUUAUACCUGCUGAGCAUUUGCAUAUUAACAAUAUAUACACAUAGCAAUUACAAUCUUACUGUUUCAGAGCUAGCAAUGACCAUAGCUGAGCUAACAGUUAGCUAUCAGGUAAGAAUUGGCAUGUUUGGUUAGCAUGGUGCAUUUACAGACUGUGUGUAACUGUUGUGGGUACACUGCACACAGUUACUUCUUCAUUAUUACUAACAGCCGAAUAAAAUAUCAUUUCACUCUGAACAAAAGCCAUGCCAUGUUAUUUGUCAAAUAAUUGCGUUAAACUGCUCUAGAAUACCAGUACAGUGUCUCCAGUUAGCUGAGGUGAUAGCUAGCAAAAGGCUACUGGCCUAACCCAGUUGCAAAACAGCCCUAUUAAUUCUUAAUGUUAUUAUUAAGAAAUUAUGUAAGGGCAAGUUAUAUAAAGUGUCACCCCCUGAAACUGUGAUCCUAAACUGGGAUAUUACCUAACAAGAAAACAAAUAUUUAUUUAUUUAUUUUUGUACCACCGUGUAAAUGAGUUUAUUCUGCAUUUGAAUAUGGAAAUCGAUGGGAUUGAUGUGGACAUUUGAGGUACUGUAGUUUUUGGGCUUCUACUUUGGCUUCAUAUUUGAGCCCCGGAGGACGUUAGUUGUUUGGCAUGCUAACAUUGACAUUUAGCUCAAACACUGCCAAGUAUUACAAUGCUAACAGUUUACAGAGCAGUCAUGUGCACUCCUUGUAAAACAUUGUGUGUCGUUUCAUGCAAACCAGCUUCAUUCCUUACUGACCUUCAGGCGUGUUUGUCAUUACAUCUUUUUUUUUUUUUUUGCUAGAUUCUUGGUUGCUUUUACAAAAUCUGCUUCAGCUGCCUGUAACUAGUUCAAAAGAAGGAGCUGCAAAAUGAAAGUUUUCACAAUUUCCUCUCUGAUGAGUACAGCAGAGCCCCUCAUGACGUUCUGAUAUCUUUCCCUUUUAGUGGAUACAGUCAAGAAAGUGUUUCAGUCAUUUCAUUGUUAGAUUUACUGUCCUUUUUUUAAUGUAUUUAUUUUUACUUGUGCUGUCUUCAGAAAUUUACUUUUUCCAUUCCAAUUCUCAUAAUGUACACCUGUGGGAAAACCCAGCAGUGAGAUCCACACACCUGACAGGUCAGAGUUUGGAGAGUGUUAAAGUUGCACACCCAAAUACACAAAAGGUAGUGUUAGAUCUUUUUUAAAAACGAAAGUUCAUCUUUCGUCCACUUAGAAAAGAAAAAGAGCUAAAGGAUUGAAAUAAGAAGAGGAAAGGAACCUCCUAAAUUUUGCUCCACUGAGUAAACACUCCAUUUUAAUCCAUUCAAAGACACAACAGGGCGCUUGGCUUGAUUGCGCAAAACUCCCUCAUUGAAAGAAAUCUCCCCCCUCACUCGUUUCCUCCUUUAUCCUCCACCUAUUCACUUAACAUUUUCUACAUUUUCCUCCUCCCAUUCUUCCCCUUUGUAUUCCUUGAAUCCUGCUCCACCCAUCCUAUCCUUCACCACAUGCACAUAACUCACCUCCUUAUAUAACCACCCCUCCUGUAUACAUUUUAUACCCAGUAUACUUCGACAAAGAUGCUGUAUACCUUUGUAUACGCUGUGUGCCUGUCUCCAUUGUAUGCCAUCCAUAUCUGUGUAGCGUUCACUAUGUUUUAUUGACACUGUAGUCACCAUACAAUUCUUCCUCUCAUCAUUAUUGCUCAUUCUUCUUCUGCAGUUAAAGUUGUACGACUAUAAUCUCCCAUCAUGUCCCUCCUCCAUGUCCGCCCUUGCUCCGCCACUCAAGCCCCACUCCCAACUCCCAUCUUGUGACCCUCCACUCCACACAGAAGAAAAAGAAUGUUUCACUCUGGAGAAAUUCAUGAUGUGAGAAAUAAAUGGAGGGCGGAGGUGGAGCGUAGGAGAGGGUGGGGUCGAGAGAACAGCUCACCCGAUUAAUGACAAAGAGAAAUGUCUGUAGUAUAAUUACAAAAGAGGAAAAGUGCACUAUUAUGACAAUGAUUAUUAUUGCCUGUGAAAAAUACUGACCAAUAAACAACAAUGGAUAUA